AUGUCGGAAAGGCAGAACUUGGAGUCCCAGUGGAUCUUCACCGAGGAAGAGCUUCUGCGCACCCCCUCUGUUCUGGACGGUAUCUCCCCGGAGCUGGAGCGGGAGCAGCGGGGGAAGGGAUGCAACUUUAUAUUGCAGAUGGGGAUCCAGCUAAAGCUUCCGCAACUGACACUGGCUACGGCGUCGGUGUUUUUGCAUAGGUUUUAUAUGCAAAAUUCUCUCAAGAGACAUCACUAUUAUGUUAGCCCCUCCAUCUCCUAUCUCCCAUGUUUGCUGGGGAGCCUCGCUGACCUCUGUUCCUUUUUUUCCUAGGAAACCGCUGCUACAGCCCUGUUCGUAGCGACCAAGGUCGAGGAGAACAUGCGGAAGUUCGGCGAGCUUGUCGCUGCUUGUGUACGGGCCGCUCAGAAAAAUCACGCUCUCGAGGUGCACCGGGAUGAUAAAGAAUUCUGGAAAUGGAAGGAUUGCAUAUUGACUAAAGAAGACUACCUCCUUGAAUCCAUCUGCUUCGACCUCUCUGUCGAGGCUCCAUACAACCUCCUGCUCCAAUACACAAACAAGCUGGGCGUCCAGACACGACAACUCAUUCGCACGGCCUGGACCUUCAUAAAUGACUCGACCCUUACAAUGUUGUGCCUCCUCUACCCAAGCAGGACUAUCGCAGCUGCCGCAUUGUAUUGUGCGGCAAAGCACUGUGGAACGGAAUUCCCGGAUCAGGACGGAAAGCCCUGGUGGGAGGUGGUUGGUGUGCUGAUCAAGGACAUCAAGAGAGCUUGCAAUUACAUGGCGGUGGUUUACGAGUGAGUGCAAAAAAAAAUCCCAGAUCGAAACCCUCUUUCAAGAUUCCAUUUUUUCUUAUCCCCCAUCGUUCCAGCAAACCUCCGGGUGGAACUAAUGUAGGUACAACCUUCAGGAAAAACCCUCUCCGAGGCGAAGAUGGUGUCCGAUAUGUUGCUACCCCGGAAAACGGAACGGAGACCACCCGGACAAGAGCCCGUGCCGUCAAUAAUUCGAGCCCUACGGCGGAGAGUGUUUCCAGAAGCAGGACCGAGAGCAGAUCCGGCAGUGAGGGUGGGAAAAGAAUGAGGGACCAAAGUAGAACAGACGAGGAAAUAUCUGAAGAGGCGGUGAAGAAAAAACUGAAGCUUCAUGAAGAAGUAGUCGGAAAUGGGGUUGAGGCGCCUGAAAAUAACUCCUCAAUGAGGGGGAAAGAGAGGGCGCCCCUGCCCCCGCCCCCGUCCGAGAAACCCGAGAGCGGUGAGCUUGAAGAAGGAGAAUUGGAUGACUAG